AUGCCCGUGCCUCUGCCCCCGCCUCCUCCGCCCUCGCGACGAUGCGCCCUUCCCCGCGAUGCCCGCGCCUCCGUCCCCGCGAUGCUCGCGCCUACCCCCGCAACACCGCGCGCGCAGCCUCCUCCCCGCGAUGCCCUCCCAAGCUCCCAGAUGCUGCCCCCCAUCUCCUCCACCACGUACAGCCGGCUCGGCAAUCCUCAGCCCCGCGCUCCCAGACCCCGCGCUCGCUCUCCGGAGCUCCGAUGGGCUCCCGCCCUAGCCCCUGACACCAUGCUAUGCCCAACCCUAAACCUAGCCACCACGCCAUCAACAACGCCACCUUCCUUCCUUGCCACCACACCUUCUUUAGAUGGAAGGCGUGACUGGUGGCAUCUUCCUGAUCUCGGAGCACGUCUAAUCCUUGCUCCAAAUGCUGCUCUGCCCCCAAUCCGUGCGGCAUCUUCAGAUGGAAGCCAGGACAAUGCCUCGUCCCCCUCUCCUGAGCCCCGACGACUGACAUUCGAGGGAUGUCGCUCUGCGAUCCUCACCUCCUCGUCGUUGGCGGUCGCGCGACCUCCUGACCGUCAUCUCCGCCCGCGAGAUCCCCCUGACUCGCCCACCUCUCUGUCCACAGCCACCUCCAUCACACACCUCCUCCACGCCGACGAGAAGGCUCGCCCACCUCUCAGUCCACGACCGCCUACGACGCGCCUUCUGAAUAAAGAUCUCUCGAAGCACCCGGUGGAUGGGUUCUCUGCUGGGCUGGUCGACGACAACAAUGUCUUUGAGUGGCAUGUCACCAUCAUCGGACCGCCUGACACCCUAUAG